AUGGCUGCCCAAAAUAAACCAACGGUUGUCAAGACCUAUCUUCCUGAUUCCGCAUCAGGUCACCUCCCGAAAACCCGCGAGGAUGACGCUUGGGGUGCACAAUUUCGCACUCACUUCAACACCGAGGAAAACCUCGACAAGCCUUCCGACAUUCAGAAGCUCGAAGCUGAGCGCGAGGCAAGGAAGAAGCAUUACGCCAACAUCGCACAUGACUACUAUGAAUUAGCAACUCUGAGUCUUGAGUUCGGAUGGAACAAGAAAUUUCACUUUGCACCAUUCUUGGACGACAAGCAGUCGCUGCGCGAGGCGUUGGCUGCUCAUGAUCACUAUCAAUUCAUGACCAUGGGUGUCAGACCUGGUAUGCGAGGUUUAGAUGCUGGUUGUGGUGUUGGCGAGCCUGCUCGUCAGUAUGCAAGAUGGGCCGACGUACAUGUCACCGGCGUUACCAUCACUGAAUAUCAGGUCUACCGUGCACAAAUGUUCGCCGAAGAAGAAGGUAUGGCUGACAAGGUCGACUUUGUUCGAGCAGACUAUUGUAAAAUGCCAUUCCCGGACAACCACUUCGAUUUUGUCUUUGCUCAGGAAGCCACCGUUCACGCCCCCGAACUACGUGACGUCUACACCGAGAUGUGUCGUGUGCUCAAGCCUGGCGGUUUCAUGAGCGUAGGCGAGUGGGUCAUGACUGACAAGUUCAAUCCCAAGAAUCCACAACAUGUCGACAUACGCCGCAGAAUUGAACGUGGUAACGGUAUUGCCAAUAUGAAAACUGCCAAAGAAGCAAUCUCCGAGUUCAAGUACACCGGUCUCGAUGUUUACCACAUUGAAGACCAUGCACUCAAGGGUCUUCAAUCUCGACCCUGGUGGCUCCCUCUUGACGGUAACACUACUCAAUUCCAAGACAGGAGUGACUGGUGGACAGUGUUCUUCCUCAAGCCUACGGUGUGGCAUAUCUGCAAAGCUUGGGUCAAGUUCCAGGGCUUGGUUGGUCUAUACAACAAGACCGACUGCGAUACGGUCUUGGAAGCGAUGAACACGCAAGGUCAAGCUGUUUGGGGAUUGAGAGAUGGUGGCAAACAAGGAAUAUUCACGCCCAUGUUGAUGAUGUACGGAAAGAAGCCUGAGAACUGGGUUCAUCCUGACCCAGUGAAAGCCAGAGAGGCUGCAGAACGAGUGGCUGCCGCAGCAGAGGAGUUUGCAAAGAGCAAGGACAAGACUACCUAG